AUGGGGUGGUCGUUAGCCAAAAGUAUUUGGAUUGCCGCAUUUGUAUCGGAAUCCGUGAUAUGCAGUGAUCCUUUGCUGAUAACUCAUUGGUCAGUCGAUAAGAGAGCUAGUAUCUGUUUCUAUUAUUACUUCGUCACCACAUUUUUGCAUAUUACAGUAGAGCAUGAGAAUUCUAACACUCUGUGCCAACUUCUACUGCAGCAUGAAUAUCGGUUUCACACUAAUAACCGUAAAGUUAUCAUUGAUACUGGCGACGGAGAUAACGCACAGGACAGUACAUUGAUUUCAGAUAUUUAUGCAUCUAAAAUAACAUUAAAUAAAUAUACAUUAUUACAACUUCAUGCAGAAACAAAAACUUCAACCAAAAGGAAGGAGAAACACUGA